AUGUUGGAACUUUUACCUUUCACACAUUAUUGUCGGCGUGGCGGUGACGGUAGCCCCCAGAUAAUCUCUCAAGAAGUGAACACCAUGGUCCGUCGCAAACUGGGCAUCACCCUGUUCGUUGUCUGCAAUGAGAUUACACGAUGGAACGCUUUAUCCAUGGAGCGGGUGAGGAGUGCAACGUUAUCCAGCCUUGGGACUAUGAUCUUUACUGGCUGUUUCCAGGCCGAUCAAUUACUGUCCGCGUCUGAUCAUUAUGAGAAGAAUCUGUCUGCUUGA